CCUCCUUGCUGGCGGGCGCCGCCGUCCAAUGGCUGCCGCGCUCUUUGGCCUGCAGACCUGCCAGCCGCGCCCGCGGAGGCGGAGGAGGGCGGGACCGCCGGAGCAGCCUCGACUCGCCUCGGCCGCCGCCGCCGCCGCUUCUCCGCGCCAGCACUAUUGAAACUGUACUAUGAAUGGUGAAACAAGAGCGGAGGUGGUAACUUCACCACCUCCAACAGCGCCACAUAAAGAGAGAUAUUUUGACAGAGUUGAUGAAAAUAACCCUGACUACUUGCGAGAGAGGAAUAUGGCCCCUGAUCUUCGCCAGGAUUUCAACAUGAUGGAACAGAAGAAGAGAGUAUCCAUGAUCCUCCAAAGUCCAGCAUUCUGUGAAGAGUUGGAAUCCAUGAUCCAGGAACAGUUCAAGAAAGGGAAGAACCCUACAGGCCUGCUGGCUCUACAACAGAUUGCAGACUUCAUGACGGCCAGCGUUCCCAACGUCUACCCACCAGCUCCACAAGGAGGCAUGACUGCCUUAAACAUGAGCCUCGGUAUGGUGACCCCCGUGAACGAUCUGCGGGGAUCAGAUUCCAUCGCUUACGAGAAAGGAGAGAAAUUACUACGGUGCAAAUUGGCUGCUUUCUACAGACUGGCCGAUCUCUUUGGCUGGUCGCAGCUUAUUUACAAUCACAUCACUGUCAGAGUAAACAUGGAGCAAGAACAUUUUCUGAUUGUGCCUUUUGGACUUCUCUAUAGUGAAGUUGCUGCUUCCAGCUUGGUCAAAGUCAACUUCCAAGGGGACGUCAUUGAUCGCGGAAGCACUAACCUGGGGAUCAACCCAGCUGGCUUCACGUUGCACUCGGCCAUCUACGCCGCCCGCCCGGAAGUCAAGUGCAUCGUUCACAUCCACACUCCCGCAGGAGCAGCAGUAUCUGCGAUGAAACGUGGCCUCCUGCCCAUCUCGCCAGAGGCACUGUCUCUCGGAGAAGUGGCCUACCACGAUUACCAUGGCAUUCUCGUGGACGAGGAGGAGAAAGUCUUGAUUCAAAAGAAUCUGGGCCCCAAAAGUAAAGUCCUCAUACUCCGAAAUCACGGCUUGGUAUCCGUUGGAGAAAGUGUGGAGGAGGCUUUCUAUUAUAUUCACAAUUUGGUUGUUGCGUGUGAGAUCCAAGUACGAACGCUGGCCAGCGCAGGAGGGGCAGACAAUUUGGUCCUGUUGGAUCCCAGCAAGUACAAAUCCAGGCCUCACUGCCACGAGUCUGCCGCGGGGGAGGGCACAGUGCAUCACCCCAAAUGGCAAACUGGAGAACAAGAGUUUGAAGCCCUCAUGCGAAUGCUUGACAAUUUGGGUUACCGGACUGGCUACCCGUAUCGAUGCCCUGCUCUGAGGGAGAAGACUAAAAAGUUCAGUGAGGCGGAGAUUCCCGCUGCCGUCACCGGCUACUCUCUUGCUAGUGACGGGGACUCGGGCACUUGCUCUCCUCUGAGGCAUAGCUUUCAGAGACAGCAGCGAGAGAAGGCAAGGUGGCUAAAUGCCAGCCGAGGGGAUGACCCAGCUGAAGAAGGGCAGGAUGGCGGUGGCGGCGGCGGCGGCAGCCCCAAGUCGAAGACUAAGGUGUGGACGAACAUUACACACGAUCACGUGAAACCCUUGCUGCAGUCUCUCUCGUCCGGUGUCUGCGUGCCAAGCUGUAUUACCAACUGCUUGUGGACUAAAGAAGAGGGUCACAGGACUGCCUCAUCUGCUGCCCCAAACCUCUUUGUUCCCUUGAACACGAACCCAAAAGAGGUCCAAGAAAUGCGGAACAAGAUCAGGGAGCAGAACUUGCAAGACAUUAAAACGGCCGGUCCGCAGUCCCAAGUCCUUUCAGGGGUCGUCAUGGAGAGGAGCCUUGUGCAGGAUGCUCCCCUCUCAGACUGUACGGAAACAAUUGAAGGGCUCGACCCCACAGAGCAGGCCUUUAGUCCAGCUAAAUCUGUCUCUCUUAGAAAGGGGGAGCUGGUGACCGCCUCCAAGGCCAUCAUCGAGAAAGAGUAUCAGCCCCGCGUCAUCAUCAGCACCACCGGGCCCAACCCUUUCCACAAACUCACGGACCAAGAACUGGACGACUAUCGCCGAGAGGUCGAAAGGAAACAGAGGCAGUCCGAAGAAGAUUGUGAAGACGCCAGACAGCAGGGAGAUAGGAGCUCUCCGGACCAAACUGUUGCUUCCACCCCACCCAGCACUCCGGUCAAACUCGAGGAAGAACGGCUGCCUGUCCAGACGGGCCAUGAAGGCGGCGACAGCAGCAGCGAAGCGGCCCCCUCCCAGCCAAGCCUCCCAGACCUCACCGCUCCCGACCAGCCUUCCGAAGAAGUCUUUGGGACGGAGGAUGAAGACCCCGACCUUGCCGUCCCCCAGAAGGAGGGUCCUCCUGAGAGCCCCCAGCCCUGCCCCUCCUCGAGCGGAGAGCCUCCCCCUUCUCCCCUGGCCGAGGAGGGGGCAGCGGCCGAAGCCGGCAGCGAGGAGUCUCCGGGGAAAUCUCCCUCCAAAAAGAAGAAGAAGUUCCGUACCCCGUCCUUCCUCAAGAAGAGCAAGAAGAAGAGCGACCCCUGAAGACCCACCCCACCCCAAAGAGAGGGCCCUGGUCUUUACGCAUCUUCCCUUUAUUAAUCCCUGGAAUAUUAUCAGAUUCUUCCCUGUGCUUUUUGUUUGGUCUUUUUCUUG